AUGCCUUCGAUAAGGCAUAUCCCCGACAGUAAGAGGCGAUCGCGGAGAGGCUGUUUACCUUGCCGUAAACGCCGCCGCAAAUGCGACGAACAGAAGCCGGAAUGUGGCAGUUGCACCACCAGGAACGUUGCCUGUGUCUACCCACAACCGACCUUCGUCUUCGAGAGCCAGAGGGGUAAAGGAUCCGUCUCUGGCUCUACCUCCGGUCUCGAGAAUGAUGCUGCCCGCGUCGAUUCGGCCAGCCCCGAUGCGAAUCUUGAUAUUCCAGCCCCUAUGUCCGGUCGCUUCGGGCAGCUAGUGGAUUUGGCUGUCCAGCAGCCCGAUGUUAGGGGUCGGGAACCCUCGCCUUCGUUGCCUUUUUAUGCUGCGCCGAUCCAGCAAUUACAAUUGGAGGACCGAGUCGAUGGCACACGUUCUUUGACAGAGAGACCUGCCAGGCAAAAGCCAGACGCACCCGCAAGUAGCUGUCCCGCGGUCAGUACCGGUACAGCCGAGGCGGGGCUUCUCACGAGCUUCGUGGCCGACAUCGUGCCAUGGAUUGUCUCAACUUGUCCCGGUUCGAGAUUCGCGAAUUCUGUCAUCGGUCUAGCCUCGCAUCAACCAGUAGUCCGUAAUGCUAUGGUUGCGCUCGUCAGGACACGAGAGGAAGCCCUAAAUUCUACGAAUGGCAAGAAAGACUUUGGGGAACAUGGAAGCCGCUCCGUGGAUGCCGUUGAACGAGAGCUUGGCCAUGUGGAAGACACCUUGGCAGUAUAUGUCGCUAGGACCCUCCUAUCCGUCACGAGGUUAUUCGGGUCGCGCCCAACAUACUGGAGUAAAGUUGGGGGUAGUUACCUGCAUUCAAAGGAUGGUUUAGAGGAGCCUCUACGGUAUCUGUUGCAGAUGCAAGGAAAGAUCGAGUUAGCAUCCUGUUUACUAACGGAAAAACCACCGUCGAUGUCGCUCGUAAAGUACCUCGAGCAAAGCGUCUCCGCUCCAAACUCGGCGAUCAGAACAUCAUACCUCGCGUGCCUGUCUCAGCUUUCGCAAUGCCUGCAUCUGACCUAUUCUUGUCUCGCGCAACUGACGGUCAGAUCUGGGGAGCCCCAGGUGGGUUUACCAACAGGAGCGGAUGCAGCCGGCAACACCGCUGAGGCUUGGUCAUCAUGGCACACCCUCUGGGCGCGCUGCAUAAACUGGUAUCAAGCCCGACCGCUGGAAAUGGAGCCAAUCUUUGGGUUCGCCAGCGGCGAGCCGUCCGCGGAUAGCUCAGCCUCCUUUCCGAUUGAGAUAUACUCCACGCCCAUUGCCCUUCAGGCCAACAUGGCCAUCCAUCUAUCGUUCAUCGUCCUCAUAGCUCACAAGCCACGGCUGCUCAAGCUCUCACGCUCAGAAGUCCGCCUUGGCUCGGAGAGCUGGCACGCACAGAAGAUUGCGGGGAUGGCCGCCUGGAACCAUUUCCAGGAGCAGUUUGACCCUCUCUUCGUAGCGGCAUUGCUGCUGGCGGCAGAGAGAAUGACGCAUGAGUCGCAGCAGGUGGCUCUCUUGAAGGCCUUUCGAGACAUCGAACGCAAGAUGGGCAUCGUUUUGGAUGAUCAAAUUGCAAGGCUGGAAAGCGUUUGGCAGACUUUCCGCCAUGGCCACGAAGAUGCUCGAAUCAGGCCCACCGAGUGGCAACACGUAGCCACCUCUAUUCAACCCACCCAUGCCACCGUCGACGAGCAGGAGGAACCCGAGGCCGUGGUCACCACUGUCAGACGCAUAUCUGGGCCGCAUCAUAUCGAUGUCCCAUACGAGACUAAGAUGGACGCACCAAUGAGCGAGACCGACCACCUCCCCGUGGACCCCCGAUUCCUCGAGCUCCACGAGGAGCUCCGGCACGUCGUGCUGUCCGGCAUCGUCAGCCUCAGUCCGAGUCGGUGGCCCUCGCCGGAGCCGGUUGACUCUGCAGCACCAGCCGCGAACGCCGUCUUUGAUGGCCCCAGCCUCGACUUUACCGCAUUUAAGAUACCGCAGUCACGGUUGAUCCGGUAUUUGCAAAACUGGUUGACGGAAUGCGCGCCCAUCCUUGACAAGUUUGACACGAAUCGUCAGUUUCAGAUCCAGGUGCCGCUGAUCGCGCGCAGCUCACCCGCCGUGCUGUAUGCCAUGCUCACGUUCUCGUCACGGCAGAUGGAGAGGCGAGGUGCAGCGGAGGUGACGGGGUGCUACGACAGUCCCGAACUGUAUCAGGAGAGCAUUAGACUCUUGACUCCUGCCCUUCAGGCCAAGGACCCUAACGUCCUCGUGGCGGUCUGUAUUCUCGCCAUGUUUGAACUGAUGUCGUGGAACUCGACCGACUGGAGGCGGCAUCUUGAAGGCUGUGCCGCAAUCCUGGGGUUCUUUGGUGUGAACGGCUUCACGGGCGGGAUUGCCCAGGCCAUGUUCUGGUGUUAUGCACGGAUGGAAAUAUGCGGCGCCAUCAUCUCCGACGGGACGGAAACGGCGGUAUAUCAAGUAUCCAAAUGGAUUCCCGCCGAAUCUUCUACGCCCUCUGCAUUGGCACCAGACGACCAGCCUGAGUUUGCUAGAGCAUUGUUGCACCACUACGGACGCGAGUGGCAUCCUGACAUGCAUGCCAACUGGGCCACGUAUCUCUGCGCCAAGGUUUGUGAUCUGCGCUUCAGACGCACGCAACACCUCGAGCUCGGGAAGCCUGAUGCGCAGGACAGUCGCCCGUUCUCGGAAAAAUGGCAUCAGCUAUGGAGGGAACUACGGCGCUGGGUGGAAGAGAGGCCGCCGGCCAUGCUUCCGGUGCCGAACAUCUUGAGUGAACAUCAGCAGCAAAAAGACAGCCCCUUUCCCACCAUCCUCUUCUCCCACAACUCUGCCAUCUCCGGCAAUCAGCUCUACCAUACAGCGUGUAUCCUCAUGUUGGAGAUACGCCCGCCGGGUUUCGCCCCAGCACAGACCUCGGCUCCCGAAUCCUUUCCUGUUUGGCACGCCCGCCGCAUCUGUGGCAUCUCGUGUUCGAACCCGCAUAACGGCAGCAGGAUUGAUGCCAUCCAGCCUCUGUACAUUGCAGGACGCUUGUUCACGCACGUCUCGGAACGCAUGGAGAUUGCGCGGCUACUGAGAACCAUCAGUCGCAAAACAGGCUGGGGUGCCUGGUGGCGAUUGCAAGAUCUGGAGGCAGAGUGGGGAUGUGAGUACGACGAGAGUCUCACGGCGUCGAGCCAGCCAGAGAAGCCAGCGCGAGCGUCGAUGCCCGCUUCGACAUAG